AUGCUACACCUGAUUACCUACCACAUAUCUCGACAUCCGUCCACACAGGGUUAUGCGUGUGUCGAUGCUCGAGCCGAGCGCAGCAGCGACAUAUCUGGGUUGUCGGUUCCCUAUGGCGACUUUGAUGAGUGUGACAAUGUCGACCAUCUAGCUAUUGCCGGACCUGGACCUAGUAUCAGACAACACGGCACACUGAGUAUUGCAAAG